GGCCCCGGACAGCUCGGUCUCGGAGGCCACGUCCAUCCAGCUCGAGUUCAAGUACCUGGCCCAUGUUAGCAAGGACGAGUCCCUUUACCGGUUGGCGGAGCACUCCAUGCGGGCCGUGGACAGAGCCCGGGCCAAGCUUCCUUCCCACGGGCACCGACGGGCCUUGCCACCCAUGUUUAUCAACGCCAGGACGGGAGACUUCAACAGGGGGUCUACCAUCACCCUGGGCGCGCGCGGAGACAGUUACUACGAGUAUUUGCUCAAACAGUGGCUGCUCACGGGGAAGCGGGAGGCUUUCUACCGAGACAGGUACCUGGAGGCGGUGGCCGGGAUCAAGGCGGAGCUGUUCCGCCACUCGGAGCCGGAGGGUCGGGCCUUCAUUGCCGAGUUGGCCUCUGGCUCUAAUUUCUCGCCCAAGAUGGACCAUUUGGUCUGCUACCUACCGGGCACCCUGGCCCUUGGCGUGCAUCAUGGCAUUGACCCGACAGGCGAGGGCGGGCACAUGGAGAUGGCCCGGGAAUUGAUGGUCACCUGCUUCGAAUUUUACAACCAAACGGCCACGGGAUUAUCUCCGGAAAUAGCUCAUUUCCGUGUCAAUCCUUCCGCCUCCUCCUCGUCGGGUUCAGACUUGUACGUGAAGCCCCGCGACACGCACAACAUGUUGCGGCCCGAGACGGUGGAGUCUCUCUUCUACCUGUACCGGGUGACCGGCGACGCCGUCUAUCAGGAGUGGGCGUGGCAGAUCUUCCAGGCCUUUGAGGCCCAUGCCAAGAUCCCGACGGGCGGGUAUUCAGGACUGGAGAAUGUGGGGGACCCGAGUUCCCCCCGAAUCGACAAGAUGGAGAGCUUCUUCUUGGGGGAGACCUUAAAGUAUCUCUUCCUCCUGUUCGAAAACCCGAGCUUGUUUUCUUUGGAUGAAUAUGUUUUGAACACGGAAGCGCACCCUUUUCCCAUCAUGUCACCGGAGGAGGAUUGGCUAGUGUACAAAGGAAAAGGGGGGGAGAAGGACCAGGAAGGGUCAGCUCAGGAAAGACAUGCUGACGUGAGCGGGGUCCACAGAGGACACGAAGAGCAAGAAGAUGGAGGCGAAGAAGAGAAGGAGGGGGAGGAGGAUGCAAAGAGAGGCGAGGAAGAUGAGGAGGAAGAGGAGGAGGGAGAGGAGGAGGAAGAAGAGGAGGAGGAGAAGGAGGAGGAAUUAGGAGAACAGAAGGGCGCAGUCACAGCGGAGAGCUAGGCGACGAUUCGCCCGGUGAAUUAACGACAGGAUGUCAGCUCAAAUGGAACAAAAGUUGCCGCACGAUGCUAAUGUACACUGAAUGUAGACUUAGAAAUGUCCCACACAAAGUACAAAGCUAAUUCCUGCAACGCACGCAGGUGAACUGAUGAGUGUAACAAAGUUCCCAAAAACCAAUAGCUAAACAUCA